AAACCUCGUAAGCUAUAAAGAAGUUAAGGGGGGCGCUUUCGGCUUCCAAUUAGGAAUACUACUGGCUCCGAAGCAACUACAGAGGAGGAGGAUUCUAAAACCACCUCACCCGUCCCAAAGCCCGCAUCCUCCUCCUCUGACACGUACCCCUCCCCCAAUUCAUGACCAAGAAAAAGGGGCCAGGGAGUGCUCUGCUCUUCUCUGCCAGUGGGAAGCGGAGAGGCCCGCACCGUUGUUCUGUCCGACCGUAGACAUGAGUACAGUUAAGAGGUGGGCGCCUCCGCACCCUCUGCAGCCCGCGAGGACGGAAGUGGUCUGAAACAGUUUAUCCCGGAUUCCUGUUCUUCCCAAAGGGGCUCAGAGCCGUCUAAAACACCGUGGGACUGAAGAAUAAACGUCGAGGAUUAUUAUGUCGAUUUUCCAAAGAACGGGGUUCGCAGCACGGAACAGAAGGAAAGGCUGGCUCCUCAGGGGUCCCUCCAGCAUUUGAUACCUACAGACCCCAAGGAUCGCCCAAAUUGUCGUGGAUCAGCAACUUUCCUAUACUUGCACCCUACAUUUUCAGAGAAAAUAUUUUCUGGUUCCUGCACUGGCCUUUUCCUACCAUCAAUACAGUCUCCUCGGUGCAGACUUCAGUCUCUUCAUUCAAAGUAUGCAUUAUGUGUUUUACUAAGUAUGGUCUCUAGUUGAAAGUUAAUUUUUGGUUUUGGAUGAAUCUGUGGAGCUUACGUUGUAAGAAGAAAGGGGGAACAAGACACAAUGAAAGAAAAGUCCAAAAACGCUGCCCGGACUAGGAGGGAGAAGGAAAACAGUGAAUUUUAUGAACUGGCUAAAUUACUGCCUUUGCCCUCGGCUAUCACCUCGCAGCUGGACAAAGCAUCCAUAAUCAGACUCACUACCAGCUAUCUCAAAAUGAGAGUGGUGUUCCCAGAAGGGCUUGGCGAGGCGUGGGGCCACUCGAGUCGGACUAGCCCCCUGGACAACGUUGGCCGUGAGCUGGGCUCCCAUCUACUGCAGACACUGGAUGGCUUCAUCUUUGUGGUGGCCCCAGAUGGGAAGAUCAUGUACAUCUCAGAGACAGCUUCAGUUCACCUGGGUCUUUCUCAGGUAGAGCUGACCGGAAACAGCAUUUAUGAAUACAUCCAUCCCGCUGACCACGACGAGAUGACAGCGGUGCUCACCGCCCAUCAGCCCUACCACUCUCACUUCGUACAGGAGUACGAGAUAGAGCGCUCCUUCUUCCUGAGGAUGAAGUGCGUCUUGGCCAAGCGGAACGCUGGCCUUACCUGCGGUGGCUACAAGGUCAUUCACUGCAGCGGCUACCUGAAGAUCCGUCAGUACAGCCUAGACAUGUCCCCCUUCGAUGGUUGCUACCAGAAUGUGGGCUUGGUGGCCGUGGGCCACUCGCUGCCUCCUAGCGCUGUCACGGAGAUCAAACUGCACAGCAACAUGUUCAUGUUCCGCGCCAGCCUGGAUAUGAAGCUCAUCUUCCUGGACUCCAGGGUAGCGGAGCUGACCGGCUACGAACCUCAGGAUCUGAUUGAGAAGACCCUGUACCACCACGUGCACGGCUGCGACACCUUUCACCUGCGCUGCGCGCAUCACUUGCUGCUGGUGAAGGGGCAGGUGACCACCAAGUACUACAGGUUCCUGGCGAAGCACGGCGGCUGGGUGUGGGUACAGAGUUAUGCAACUAUCGUGCACAACAGUCGCUCGUCCAGGCCACACUGCAUCGUCAGCGUCAACUAUGUCCUCACAGACACAGAAUACAAAGGGCUGCAGCUCUCUCUGGACCAGAUCUCAGCCUCCAAACCAACCUUCUCCUAUGCCAGCAGCUCCACCCCCACCAUGACUGACAACAGGAAGGGGGCGAAGUCACGUCUCUCCAGCUCAAAGUCAAAAUCCAGGACCUCCCCAUACCCUCAGGUAAGUACUUUGACAUUUUGCAUCUUUCUUUCCUUGUGA